AUGCUGCUCGCCGCCAUUCCCGCUUUCUCCCCCUUCCGGGGAGUCCUCCCCUUGUUGCUGCUCGCGCUGCUAAUCGCGUCGCCCCCAUCCCUUUGCGCGGCGGAGCGAGUCACGCGCCUCGUCCUCCUGCCUAGUAACGCGUACAGCGCGAAAUGCCUCGACGGGAGCCCCAUUUCUCCCCGUUCCUCCCCCCCUUCCCCCUCCCACCCCUCCCCCCCUUCCUCCCGCGCACCCACUCUCCGCCGUCCAGUCCCCCCGCGUACUACUUCCGCGCGGGGGCGGGCGCGGGGAGGUGCAAGUGGCACGUGCAUCUCCCCACGGGCGGCUGGUGCUUCACCCCGCAAGACUGCCUCGAUCGCGCCAAAUCUAGCCUCGGUUCCUCGCGCUUCUGGGCCAGACGGCUCCCCGCGGUCGUUGGAAACGGCGGAGACAUCAACACCACGGCUCCCUGCGGUCGUUAAAAACGGCGGAGACAUCAACACCGUGAGUGGCGCACCCCCCCUUCCUGUCUCUCUCCCCCCGGGGCCCUGUGAGACGUGUCGUCUCUCCACCCUCUCCUCUUCUCCCCAGUCAUUCGAGACAGCGCAGCCAACCCCGUGCUCCACUCCCACUCACUCUCUCGUGCCCUCUCUUACUCCCACUCUCCCCCUCCUGUCCCCUCUUCCCCACCGUCCCUCCCUCCCCCACCACCAGGCAUCCGAGGAAUAUCAACAGCAGGGCGGGCUGCUAUCCCAGGAUAGCGCAGCCAACCCCUUCUUCUCCCAGCAAAUCGCAUCCAAUCCCUCUUACUCCCACUCCCCCCCCCCCUCGCCAGGCAUCGGAGGAAUACCCACAGGCAUCCUUGGAAUUCCCACAGCUGGGCGGGCUGCUAUCGCAGGACAGGACAAUCAACCCCGUGUUCCACGCGUGGAACCUGACCUGCGCACGAGGAGGGGCAUGGGGGCGGCGUCUCAAGAUGCUCUUGCUCAGGCAGCCAUGCUGGUGCCCAUGCCAUCAUCAUGCACUGCGACCGCUUCCCACCUCUCUCCCCCUUAUGACCGCCUCCCACCCAUCUCCACCCUCUUAUCACACCAUCAUUUCUUCAGACCUGCGCACGAGGAGGGGAAUGGGGGCGGCGUCUCAAGUCUCCGCACGAGGAGGGGCAUGGGGGCGGCGUCGCAUGUUCUCUUCUCGGGCAGCUCAGCGGGCGGCCAUGCCAUCAUCAUGCACUGCGACCGCCUCGCUGCCGCCUUCCCCCGCGCCAAAGCCACCUGCCUCUCCGACUCGGGCUUCUUUGUCGAUGCUAAGGACCGCUUUGGACAGAACUUCUGGAGGGGAAGGAUUCAGGCGCUCACCGCUCUGCACCGCAUCAACGUCCCGAAAUGCCCAGCAGCAGGAUCACAAGUGAAGGACAACUGGGUCUGCUUCCUCCCGGAAAACUCCCUCCCUCAGAUCACCACUCCCCUCUUCCUCUUCCAGUUUCACUUCGACCCGCGCGUCAUCUUCCACGAGAAUCAGCUGCCAAGACUGCCAAGAAACAGUGAUCAUAAUCCGCCAAUGUCAGUCAUCGCGCUCGCGCUGCUUGCCUCCUCCCGCCCCACAUGCUCCCGAUUCCCCCCCUUGCCCGCGCUCCUCCUCCCCCUGCUGGCGCUGCUCCUCGCGGCGCUGCCCCGCUCCCUGUGCGCGGCGGGACGAGUGAACCGACUUAAAUCCGCUACCGCGACGCGCCUCGUGCUCCUGCGCAAUAACGCGUACGGCGCGAAAUGCCUCGACGGCAGCCCCCCCGCGUACUACUUCCGCGCGGGCGCGGGCGCGGGGAGGCGCAAGUGGCACGUGAAUUUCCCCCGGGGCGGAUGGUGCUUCUCCCCGGCGGAGUGCCUCGAGCGCGCCAAUUCCUCCUUCGGCUCCUCGCGCUUCUGGGCCACACGUCUCCCCGCCAUCAUAGAAAACGGCGGAAUGAUCAACAGCGUGAGUGACAGCUGA